AUGACGCGCAAUGUGUGUGAUGCAUUUAAAGAAGUUGAGGAAUAUUUGCCUGAUAAUUUUCUUUUCGAGAAGGAUCAUGACUCUAAUCAAAAAUAUAAUACUUAUUGUCAAAAUAACAAGAAAAAAGAGAAAGGAGAAUGUCAAACUAUCGCUCAAGCAGUUAACGGUACUACUUUAUUAUUACUUAAUAACUUAUUCAAUGGAAAAUAUUAUAAAGAAUCUGAAAAUGAAAAUAACGAAUAUAUCACGUAUAUUAUGCUAUGGUUAAGUAAUAAAAUGAAACUAAUUAAAAAAGGGAGCUACGGAAGCGUGGGAGAUUUUUAUGUCACAUUUAUAGACGAUAAUACACGUUAUAACAAAUAUAUUAAUAAUAUCAAUAGUAAAAAAAAGAUAAUGAGAAUUAAAAUUAAUGAAAUGCGUAAACUUUAUGAGUUACUUAAUGAGCUGUGUAAUGCAAUUACUAAACAUACCACCGAUCCUUUAAAUUGCUCCAAUUUUUCAAAAUUUGUUAAUGAUUGGAUAAAACUAUACAUACAACUUGUUUUAAAAAAAAAAAAAUUUUUUGAAGAUGAAUAUUAUUGUAAUGUAUUGGUGACUUUAAAAAAUGCUUAUGAGAAAUUUAAAAAAGAUAAUGAUACCAAAAAAAAUUUUCCAGAAAUUAUAGAGAUAGAAAAAAUAAAAACUUGUGAGGAAUUAGGUAAAGAAGCAACAAGUUCAUCGAAAGUUCUAAAAGUGGAGUUCAAUGAAGUGAAGACACAAAAUGAUUUAGAGAAAGGCAAAGAUACCUCGAGACAUAUAGAUUUUAAAAAUGCAUUUGAAAUUUAUAGUUCAUUUUUUAGUAUUAUGUUUACUAAUAUUAGAGAUAACUUAUAUGAAAAUGUAUUUCCAACGUUAAAAAAUUUUUACGGUAGAUUAAAAAAUUAUGCUGAUAUCACGAUUAGUUAUAUGAAUGAACAACUUAAAAAAACAAUAGAAACUCCUAUAUUAGAUAAUUGUAUGCCUGAGAAAAAAGAAACAGGAGGUGAACCAUCAUCAUCUCAAGAAAAUCCAUCUGACUCAUCUGAUCCAUCUGAACCGUCAUCACUAUCAGGUCCUAAGGAACAAAUUGCCACAUCGCAAUUAUCUAUGGGCACAUCUGAAAAAGGAAAUUUGGAUCAAAGGGAUCAAGGAAGCUCUCAAAACCCAGUGUCAAGACAAGUGACGAAACCAGAAAAUGCAGUAUCCGAAGUAGCAGGAGGUGGAACAACAGAAAUAGGUGAUAAUCCACUCAACGUAUACAAGAAAAUGGGAAUUUCAAUUCUAAUUCUUUUAAUACCCAUUGCUUUAGUUAUUAUGUACAAGUAUUUGCCAUUUGGAUGGAGAAAGAAAUCGAAGAAAAAAAAAAAGAUGAAAAAGGCUAUAAAUAUGUUUGGUACAAAUGAAACGACAGAAAGUGUUAUAAACCCAACUGAUCGAAAAAAACAAAUGCAAAUAAUUAUAAAUUUAUCUACUCAAAACAAACAGGGUAAAAAGUUUAUAAAUUCAUCUACUCCAAAAAAACAGGAUAAACAGUUUAUAAAUUCAUCUACUCCAAAAAAACAGGAUAAAAAGCUUACCAAUUCAUGCACUCCAAAAAAACAGGAUAAACAAUUUAUAAAUUCAUCCACUCCAAAAAAACAGAAUAAACAAUUUAUAAGUUCAUCUACUCAAAAAAAACAUGAUAAAAAGUUUAUAAAUUCAUCUACUCAAAAAAAACAGGAUAAAAAGUUUAUAGAUUUAUCUACUCAAAAAAAACAGGAUAAAAAGUUUAUAGAUUUAUCUACUCAAAAAAAACAGGCUAAACAUUUUAUAAAUUCCAUUUAUUGGGAAAAAUAUCCAUUAUUAAAUAUAUAUAAACUUAUGAAGGCCGAUCCUGUACCAUUUAUUAUUUUAUUUUUGUUAUUUAUUUUUUAUGUUUAUAAAAGAAAAGGUGAUUCUUUAGAAUAA